AUGGACGGAUUCGUGCGCGUGUCCGCCAUUUUGUUCGUAACCGCGUUCGUAACUGUCGGCGCUCACAUGACGCUGGCUUCACACGAUAACAUACUCCGUAUACAACUUUGGGAUGCUGAAGGGUUAGUGAGGGAACCGAUCUCCACAGAUACACCUAAGAUCACCAAACACAAGACAAAAGUCGAUCUAUCAUCACUGUACGAUGCCAUGAUGGGUGAUGAGUAUGAGCACGGUGUUGGGAGAUACGCGAGGCAUAAGGUUCGGCAUAAGAGGAGACGGCCGCGCCAGAGUGGAACCGAUCUGCCUUGGCGGUUUCAUUCUGGCUCGAAGGUGAUGAACGUUGCGGUUUAUGAUGAUGAUGUGCCAUGGGAUGUGAUAGAGGGAGGCGGGAACACGAGUGUAGUGAGUGCCAGUGCAAGUUACCAAGUGUAUGAGCGAGAAGUGUCAGCGCCGAUGACUCUGCGACAGGAUGAGGACGAAGAAGUAAAAAAAGAGUUGCCCGUUGUGCCAAAAUGCUGCGCGAGUGGACAAAACUUGAGUGUCACUAUCGAAAAUGGAAAAACGAAAACGGUCUGCGCCCGGUCCAGCCUCACCUUCCAGCCAAUUUUCCACAAAGCUAAUGAAACGCAUAUAUGGAGUUACGACAGCAAUGUGUUCGAAACGAUCGUUGGCAACCCCUGCGCAUACGAUAGGUACAAGCUGGAGCCUGAUAAAAUGAGCGAAGAUGAGUUUUACCUUUUGUUCAAUGGCUCUCUAUUCAUGCCCUUCAGUAAGCCCCCGUUAUUGGGAACAAGAAAUUUUUGUAUGGAAACAUUUUGGAACGAAUCCAACCCGGCAGGAGUGACGCUGCCCCUCGUUUGCUUCUCGGCUCCCGUCGAAGAAGCGGGAAGUUCGCCAACGCUUAUUGCAUACGCUAUCGGUCUAAUAAUAUCAGUUCCGUUCCUAUUGGCGACGGCUAUUGUCUACACCUUCAUCACAGAACUGAGAGACACACACGGAAAGGCUUUAGCUUGCCACGCUACGUGUUUGGCGUUAGCCUUCUCUUGUCUAGCUGCAACACAGCUGGCCGGACACGCCUUCCCUCACACGGCUUGUACUAUAAUGGCUUAUCUUAUCCAGUUCUCAUUCGUAUCCUGUUUCUUCUGGCUAAAUGUAAUGUGUUUUGACACUUAUUUGAAUGUAAAGAGAUAUAUUAACACUUCAGUGAGUAGAAGAAGUAUGAGACAUAGAUUCGCUUGGUACUGCGCGUACGCAAUUCUUCUCCCAGUUAUUUUACUUAUUGUAACAAUAACCAUGGAUCUAUCUCCAGCUGUACCGAGUACUUAUUUAAAGCCUAAUUUUGGUGUAAAAGGAUGCUGGUUUAAGACGGACCAGGCAGCGCUCCCGUAUUUCUAUGGGCCGGUCGCUGUUAUACUCCUCACCAACCUAAUUAUAUUUUUGUUCACUUCACGCGCCUUCGCAAAGCAUUAUAAUAAGCUUAAAGACGUUUCACCUUUAGACCUGACGCACUCAGAAUUCAGUACAUCAGAUGACUGGGUGAGACUAGGUACAGUGUUGGGGCAACCUGUUCCAAUAAAUGAGAAUUCACCUUCAAGAGAACCGCGGAUGAAUUUCAACCAGCGGUUAAAGAAGUAUAAGAAACUAUUCCGAAAGUGUUGCCUGCUCUCUAUAAUCAUGGGGAUAUCGUGGGUCCUAGAAGUGGUGUCAUGGGCGGCCGGAGCUGGUACAUCUGCCGUAUCAGUGUGGUCGGUCUUCGAUCUUAUAAACGCGCUACAAGGAGUCGUGAUAUUCGCAAUCUUUGUUUUACAACAGCCCGUCCGGUCGUUUGUUAAGUUUUCAAGACUCUGCAGUGCGUGUAGAAGAAAAAAAGACGAAUCAGAACUAUCGGUAGUGAGUGACAGAAACAGUAUUUGCGGUACAGGCAGAAGAGACUUCGUGUAA